GCCAGUGGUCUUUUGACUGCGAUUCGGUUCAGUCGCGUGGUGGUUUGUGUUGGUCGUUCGUUUUUUUUGGCUCGUCGUGGAAAACUUAUCUUCCUCGGGACUUUGGUUGAUCGCGGAUUUUUUUCCGAUUGGCUUUCGCUUGCUUCCUUAUCUGACUGGAGGUCUUCUAAGAAACUGGACGUUAUCCUGGUUUUUUGUUUGGAAAUUUCGUUACGGAUUUUGACCUUUUGGGUUCUUACGGAUGCUUGCCGCCAGAAGAAGCUGGAAUUUGGAACAUCCGGUGCUGGAUUGUGUAGCCUUUUUUGUGUGUUGUGCCAACUUUGUACUUUUUCUCGACGCUAAUGAACUCGAGAAGUGCUACCGGUGUGUUAUUAUUGAAAGUGGAUUUUUUUUUUGCCAGCUCUUAGGCCGGGUCCAUUUGGCAUUUGAAGCUGCAGUUUGAAGAGAAAGAAAAAAACCCGUACACGUUACAAACAUCGGGAAUAAAGUGCAAUCGAAAACACCUUUGCUGCUGAUAAGCGAACGUUUGGUGGGGAAAAUUUUCAACGAAGAAGAAUGUGGAGAAAAUAAGCCUGAUUGAUGAUUGAGGCUUGGUGAUUAUUGGAAGAUUAGUGCGAAGAUUUUUAGCAAGAGAGCUGAAAAGGUGUUUAUGUGCAGAAGAUGCAGAUUGGAAUAAUUGGAAAGGUGCAAAUGAUGAUUCUCCAGAAGAAGUAGAUUACUGUUUGGAAUCUUGACGAAUGUUUGUGAUUAGCAGUGUUGGAAUUUUAUGGUGUGUGGAAAAUAACUGUAUUUGACCAAGAUACUGUACAAGUGGAUCAAUCGCUGAAUGCUGUUUAUGUGCUCAAACGAUUCGUGGAAAUAUUUAACCGGAUGUUUUAUCGUCACAGUGAGCCAUUUUCUCAUUGUGCUUAAAAUUGUGUGUUAAAAGACAGCCUAUAAAUCGAAGACUAACCCAAAUAGCUUUCCUCCUGGUCCAUCAACAUCACUGGGACCUAACAAAACAGAAAAGAUAAAAAAUAAACCGUAAACAAACUUUGACCAGUCCGUGUCAGUUUUUGUUUUUGCUGUUGUUGUUGGUUUACCGCCGUGCUCAACCGUGUAUUAAUUUGAAAAGUGCUACAAGGUGUUCGACAGCGAUAUUCAAUUAUCGGAACCAUCAAAACCCCCAAGGCGGUCACUACUUUCUAGCGGAAGUUUUCUGACUGAAAUUUCUCGACUCUCGGCUGAAAAACCCAGAUACGGAUAGUGCGGAAAUUUGCGUGCAGAAGAAUUUCGUCACCGAUUCAUUCAUUGAAGUCUUUCGUUGAAGAAAAGUGGCUGUUGUUGAAGUGUGUCUACUGCUUAGACAAGAGACUUGGUUUGCAAAACUGCCUUGUGAUUGUUUUGUAGCUACCAGACUUCGUUGAGCAGCAGCCUCUUUUUGGACCGAAACGGUUCCCGGAGAAGAGAAUCAAUAGUGUAGAACCGAUCGAUUCGAGCAGCAGCAGCACAGAAACAACGGACAACUAAUUAAGGAUACGACUAGUGAUUGAUACAUUCAUGAAAAACACUUGCUGAAAAUAAUUCGUUUCUGUUUCAUCACUGUAGCAGUCAUCAUGCUUUUGGUGUCCAACACUAUUUGAGGAGAUUCAUAUCUUUCACAAUUGAUUUUUCUUUAAAUGGAACCACAUUCUCGCGGUUUUCGGAUACAUUUGAUGCCUUCUUACCAGAUUUGCUGAUAUGCUGAUGUCCAUGUCGCUACAACAGGACCCUGAUGGUGGAUAUAGGCACUCCGAGAAGCUCCACCACGAUGUGGAGUCGAUGGCGUCCAUCAAUUCUACUGGUAGUCACCUGUUGGAUGGCCGCGUUGACGACCCAAGGAGUCAGCACUAGUCAGAGCAGCAACGGCAACUUCAAGAUCAACCCGAAACCGUGCUCGGUCAAUGGAAUCGAGGGCACCUGUAUGUUCGUGUGGGAAUGCAUCCGCUCCGAGGGCCAGCAUGUCGGCGUUUGUGUGGAUUCGUUCAUGUUCGGAUCCUGCUGCUCCCACAAUCUCACCGACAACGUGAUCCCGCAGAACUUCCACCAGACGGUCACCUACCGACCGAAGCCAAACAAGUACAAGCCGCCGAAGCCAAGUACUUUUGUCAGUAGUAACGGCUUUACCACAAUCUAUCGGCCGGGAAACGGCGGCACUUUGGUGAUCCGGCCAUCGCAUCAUCAUCCAAAUCACCACAAGCCGCCCCCGCAUUCGUCGAGCAACAAUUUCGUCAGCAGUAGCAGCAACAGCAACAAUUUUGGCGGCAGUGGCGCUGCCAGCAGUCAACACUUUAGUCAAAAGCCCACAGAGGGCACUGUAAAUAAACACUCUACCUUAUCGACGCCAGCGCAGCAAAACGACCUGGAGAUGGCGGCCAGUAGUAUGUCGACAGGCAUUUUUACGACGCAUUGGCAGGCAACUACCGAGCCAAGUUUCAUCACGAAAACGAGGCCACCAAAGCCGAGCAAACCGUCCAAGAAACCGAUCCUAUCGAUUUCGAACAACAUUCAAAGUACUGUUUUAAAACCAAAACCAUCGGCCAAGCCGACCAAACCAACUACCACUACUGAUAGGUAUACUACUAGCACCCAAAUUAGUAUUAUUAACCAAACUACCAAACGAAGGCCGGUCCCGUUUCCGGUGAUUCCUCCGGCGUCGGCCGUCGGCAAUGUAGGUUCGACGGCCAUUUCGCUGGUGCCGGAUCUGCCGGCUCAUCACCGUCCCUCGACAUCGGCCCCGGUUCCGGUGUCCAGCGAUCUGCUGGCGGCCGUCAAUGCCAGCUUGCUUAGCAGUAGUAGUAGUAGUUUUAGCGGAAGCAAUAGUCUAAGUAGCAAUAACCAGAGCCUGUCGCCAGGGGCUGGGUCCUCAUCAAGUUCAUCUGUGAUCGGCGGCGAAGAAAUUUCGUCGUCCAACGAAAUGUAUACGGUGGCACCCGGACGGGACACUAUCACGGCCGCACGAAAUUUUGAAUGCGGCGUGCAAACGAUGGGCCGGCCGGAAACGCGCAUCGUUGGGGGCAAAAACGCCCCCUUCGGUCGAUGGCCGUGGCAGGUUUCCGUUCGGCGGACGUCCUUCUUUGGAUUUUCCAGCACCCAUCGAUGCGGCGGGGCGGUCAUCAAUGACAACUGGAUAGCGACCGCCGGCCAUUGUGUUGAUGAUCUCCUAACGUCCCAGAUCCGGAUCCGGGUGGGCGAGUACGACUUUUCGCACGUGCAGGAACAGUUGCCGUACACGGAACGUGCCGUGGCCCGGAAAGUCGUCCAUCCCAAGUACAACUUCUUCACGUACGAGUUUGACCUGGCGCUGGUGAGGCUGGAACAACCGCUGAUCUUUGCGCCCCACAUCAGCCCGAUUUGCCUGCCGGGGACGGACGAUCUGCUGAUUGGUGAGAAUGCCACCGUCACUGGCUGGGGCCGGCUCAGUGAGGGCGGAACGCUGCCAUCGGUGCUGCAGGAGGUUUCGGUGCCAAUCGUCAGCAACGACCGAUGCAAAAUGAUGUUCCUGCGGGCUGGCCGGCACGAGUUUAUUCCGGACAUUUUCCUGUGUGCAGGGCACGAAACUGGCGGACAAGAUUCCUGCCAGGGCGAUUCCGGAGGACCACUGCAGGUCAAAGGCAAGGAUGGUCACUACUUCCUGGCAGGGAUCAUAUCCUGGGGCAUCGGAUGUGCCGAAGCCAAUCUGCCCGGUGUUUGCACAAGGAUAUCGAAAUUUGUUCCGUGGAUUUUGGACACCGUGAUGUGAUGAAUGGCACGAGCCAAGCCGUCGCCGCGUGAAUUGAAAAGGAAAGGACGAUCGAUCUACGAAUGAAUGGAUAUUUUCUACGCGGCUACGAGAAUUGGGAAGUGGGAAAGUGUUCAAUCAGUAAACGGAAAAGACUUGAUUUUUUUUUAUUUAGGACCGUGUACCGGAAAUCGGUUAGACUGGAAAACAAUUGGAGAGAUUGUCAACGAAAAAGAAGAACCCUACAUAGCUAAAGUUUUACACUGAGUCAGAAAUAGUACUUCAACGAAAAAAGUGAUGAUUACUGAAACAAGAAUAGCUAGAAGGAAACAGGUGGAAUCGAAGCGAGUCAGAAAUCCGAAAGAAAGAAAAAACAAAUAAUGCAAACACGAAAAUUUAUUAUAGGUAAUUCAACAGUGUAUAAAAAUAGUUUGCGAAACAUUAGCUUAAUAGCUAAGCACUGCCUUAUUUUUUUUGUAAAUAACAUCUCUGUAUCAUAUAGCCGGAACCAGAGCGUUGCGAUGGUGUAUAUACUUUUAUUUCCAUUUACAUGUACUAGCAGAAACCAGUUUGUUAACACGUUCCGUUGUUAAUUUGUAUUUAAAUGCAAAUAAAUUCAUUAUUAUAACAUCUUUCCAAAGAAUCAAA